CAGGACUUUGCGUGAUUUGGGCUUAAUCGAGGGCGCACCAGGAUGGGUGACCAGCAGGAGUUCUGUCUGCGCUGGAAUGACUUCCACAGCAACUUCCACCUGUCCCUGGAGGCAUUGCGAGGGGAUGAGUCAUUCACGGAUGUGACGCUCUCCUGUGCCGGCCGCCUGAUGAAGGCACAUCGUGUCAUCCUUUCUGCCUGCUCUGUUCACUUCAAGGAGAUUUUGCGGGGCAUCCCGCCGCAGCAGCACCCGGUCAUCGUGCUGCCCACUGUUGACUUCGAGGUGAUGCAGGCCAUCAUGGAGUUCAUCUACCAGGGCCAGGUGAACGUUAAACAGUCGCAGCUGGGCGCCUUCCUGCAGGUGGCUGAGACCUUCUCCAUCCAAGGCCUGGCCGACGACGACACCAAGAAGAACUCACAGAAGACGGCCAGCCGACCGCGGACGGUCAACAUCAGCGUCAGCAUCAAGGCGGAGGGCAUGGCCGACACGAUGCACAAGCAAUGGCAACAAUAG